GAGUGGGGGAGGAGGGCGCCUGGACGCAUAGCGUCUAGGCCGAAGUGGAGCAGGGGUGGAGGGGACAUUAUGGUGGUAUACAAGAGCGGCUAAGGGACAGGCAGCAGUGUUGGGAGGGUCAUGAGCGGAGAAAGUCACACACACACAACUGUUUGGUUCCACGAGUCAUGUAUCAGAAUGACCGCCACAAACAUGGUGAACCCAACGGUACAGGGAACCUGACUGAUGUUGAUGUUUCAGAAAAUAAUGUAUCCGGCAACAAAGAUGGAGGAGCCCACUGGCGCGGCGGCAUCAACAUCGCCAAUGGGAACGGGACCUCAGUCACAGCCGGGGAUGCAGCAGGGGGCGGUGAAACGGAUGCAUCGUUGUCCGAAGUGGCCGUCCCAGGGGGAGACAAGCUGGAGGGGGCGGACGCAAUUGAGGACGACGCUAUUCACCUCAAGAGACGGGUGGGACUCUUCAGUGGGGUGGCUCUAAUUGUUGGCACCAUGAUCGGGUCUGGAAUUUUCGUGUCCCCGUCGGGCCUGCUGAUUCGAACUGGCUCAAUUGGGCUAAGCUUCAUAAUAUGGGUGGCUUGCGGAGUGCUGUCAUUGUUAGGCGCCCUUGCGUAUGCCGAGUUGGGCACUAUGAACACCAGCUCUGGAGCGGAGUACGCGUACUUCAUGGACGCAUUUGGACCAAUGCCUGCCUACCUGUUCUCCUGGGUUUCCACGUUGGUGCUGAAACCGUCACAGCUGGCCAUCAUCUGCCUCAGCUUCUCCAAGUACGCCGUCGAAGCCUUCGUUUCGGAGUGUGAGCCGCCUAACAGUGUGGUUAAAAUGGUAGCUGUCCUUGCCAUAGCGGUGAUUCUAUACAUCAACUGCUACAGUGUGAACCUGGCAACUGGCGUGCAGAACGUCUUCACAGCAGCAAAAUUGGUCGCCAUCCUGAUAAUUAUCUGUGGUGGCGCCUACAAACUGGCUGAAGGAAAUACUCAGCAUCUGGAAAAUGUAUUCAAAGGCACGACCUAUUCCUUGGGGAACAUCGCCACUGCGUUUUACACAGGACUCUGGGCGUACGACGGUUGGAAUAACCUCAACUAUGUUACUGAAGAGAUCAAAAACCCAUCUGUGAACCUUCCUCGCUCUAUCAUAAUCGGCAUCCCCCUGGUGACGAUGUGCUAUGCUCUCAUCAAUAUCUCCUACCUGACAGUCAUGUCUGGCAUUGAGCUCAUCGAAUCAGAAGCAGUGGCUGUGACUUUCGGCAAACGCAUCUUGGGGGUAAUGGCCUGGUUGAUGCCCCUAUCCGUCACAGUGUCAACAUUCGGAUCAGCUAACGGAACGCUUUUCGCUGCGGGAAGGUUGUGUUUCGCCGCCAGCCGAGAGGGUCACCUCCUGGACAUCCUGUCGUAUGUACACGUGCGUCGGUUCACCCCUGCACCAGGACUCAUAUUCCACUCACUUAUUGCGGUAGCCAUGGUGAUGUCCGGCACUAUCGAUUCCCUGAUCGAUUUCUUCAGCUUCACCGCAUGGAUUUUCUAUGGCGGGUCAAUGCUGGCACUGAUCGUGAUGCGACGCACCAAACCCAACGCCCCACGGCCGUAUAAGGUUCCGCUCAUCAUUCCAGUUGUGGUGCUGGUGAUCUCCAUUUAUCUGAUCGCUGCGCCGAUCAUAGAAAACCCCCAGAUCGAGUAUCUGUACGCGGCUCUGUUCAUCGUGGCCGGACUCAUAUUCUAUGUGCCGUUUGUACAUUAUGCCAUCGCACCUUCUUUCAUGGAUUCUGUUACAGUGUUCCUUCAGCUGCUGCUGGAAGUCGCGCCAACUCAGUCCAUGUUUGAUUAGCAUGGAGAAAGAAAGGAGAAAUCUUAACUGCGUGAAACAUACGUAUUCAUCAUGACACAGCAUGAUUUUACAUUCAGUUGUAAACAGAUUCAUGACAAGAUUUAAAAACCUUGUAAUUGUAAUUUAAGAAAUGCUGUUAUAUGUUUAUCAUAAACGCAUUGUGGCUUGAGGUUUACGUUUUCUUUUAUUAUAGAAUUUGAAAAAAAAGAAGAGUUUAAAAAUGUUUUCUCUCUGCAUUGAAAGAAAUACUGGAUGAAGUUAUAUUAAUACGUUUUAAUUACAAGAAUAAAAGAAUCCAACUACAAAUUAGAUCUGUGUUGGUUGUAUACAGGUGGUAACAAAUACUCAAUAAAACAUCCUGAAUUAACAGAAGAGUUUAAUCAUUAGAACCCCGUGCUGAUAAUCAUUGUUAAUUGUUGUCUUGUCUGUACCAGCUUAAAUAAUACAAUUACUUAAAGAAAAGAAAUACCGAAUGUUCAAAUUUGUGAUGUUAUAGUAUUAAAUUAUACUCCAGUCAUUGUGAUUUCUGAUUAUAAAAAGCAAAGGACAUACUGUAAUCAAUAAUGUUGAUUGUUAUUUAAAACUGUCUAGACUUUGAAGCACGCAGAAAGUUCUAAUGACAAUGUUGACACGGCUGGCUAUUAGAGUAGUAAAAAUGGCAAUUUAAAAUAAUUUUCUUUUCACAAUUGAGUAUAUUUUGAUGAUUAUAAGAAUUAUGUUUCCACCUGAGUCUGUUAUUCUGUUCUUAAAUCAAAACAUUUUGCCAAAAAAUUUGAUUUUUUUUAAUAGUUAUAUUUCGGGUUUUCUGAGUGAAAUACAUUUUUACAUUUCACGUACAUUUUGGCACUACGCCAUUUACAUAUAAUUUUAGACGUUUCUGUUUUUGUAGCAUUUCUGAUGUCAGUCUAACAAUAAAUAUAAAUGCACCACAUUUAAGUUAAAUGGACAUCUAUACAGUGUGUCCGUAAAAUAAUGGUGGGGUAACAAACAGUCAUAAUUUUGGAACAAAGCACGAUAGAGACAUGAAAUAAACCUCAAAAUAAAGAGAAACUCUUCAAUAUUUCGAUACGUAAACAGGUUCUAGCAUAAGCGCAUGCGCGCUGUGUUACAAGGUCAAUAGCCGCGUGAUGUCUGCAGCGCAUAUCGAAAUCUACUGAACAGGUAAAAUUCGUGGAGAGUUUCUCUUUAUUUUGACGUAUAUUUCAUAUCUCUAUCGUGCUUUGUUCCAAAAUUAUGACUGUUUGUUACCCCACCAUUAUUUUACCAUUACAUAAUUUAGUAUAAAUCUCAUUAAAUUUGUGUUUAAAACUCCUAGUUUCAACUUUUAGUAUGCAUUUACUGUAUCAGAAAGUAGUACUGUACGAAUAUUACCACAAGAAACAUGUUACUCACAUACCUUUGCAUAAAAGAAUGUGGUUAAAUUUGCGAAAAGAAUGUAGGCUGAUAGAGCACAUUACUGUAUCAUGUCUAUUGUUAAUCUCAUUGUCUAUACUUUCUAUCAGUCAUUAUAGUUCAGAGGAAAUUGCUGGUUUUCUCAAAAUAGCAAUUGACAGAAAUAGGAAAGAAGCUGUUUCAGCCUGCAGGCUCAGGUUUCUAAUUUGUGGUUAUUAUAAAUUUUUGAGUGUUUAAUCAGUAUCAGGUUUAAUUCAGCAAAUUUUCUAUUUUAUAACUUGGAAAAGUGCAACUGAUAAUUUCCUGUAGAUCAUGACUCAAAAAUGCAAUACCUAAUUAUUUAAUUUACGUCUAUGAAUUAACUCACAAUAUCUGUGAAAUUAUUUUAUUCACUCAUGACUGAAAAGAGAACAUUGCGUUCCAUAAACUGAAAGCAUUUCAUUAAUUUUGUUUACUAAGCCAUCUUCUGUUAUAUACAUGGCUAAAAGAUGUGUAGGGUAAUUAUUGAAUUAGUCUGGAGAAAUUUGAUAUAGAAAGGGCAAUUUUCUAAAAUUGAUCAGUAACUAAUGAUGGAAAAUUGUGUAUUAUUGAAAGAAUUGGUAUAUAUACUUUUUAUAAUUUCUAAAAAACAUUUAAUAUAUUAAAGUAAUAAUGUUUUACAAUAUUUUAUUAUAUAUACAUUUAAUUAAUUAUUAUGCUAUGUAAAAUUGACUUUAAAGAUUUUAUGUCUCUUGUUGGUGAAUAGUAUUUUCCUAAAUUGCAAAUAAAAUUUAUAGCUACAUAAAAUGUGAAAUAAUAUAUUUGUUAAUGACUGGUUUUACUCAAAUGUUCUGGAAUCAAAUACCAUAUUUCAUCCAAGAAGACUUUUUUAUAUAUAUUUCUUUUAAUGACUGAAUGCACUCGUUGGGAUUUCUGUAAUAAUAAUUUAUCUUGAGUUCCGCAUUCAUAAUUGUGAUUCCACUUUUCAUGAUUGAUUUUUAUUUCCAGUUUAUGUGAAUUUAUAUUUAUAAAAUGGGUAUAAAUUAUGAAAUAUUAAAAAUAUAGAUUAUUUAAUUUUGUAAAUCUGUUGCCAUAAUAUGACCAACAUGCCAAAAUUAUGUUGUUAACUGGUAGUUUGUGGGAGUAUGUAGCAUGGAUAACUUCAAGUUUUCAUCACUUUAUGAACCAAAAUAAAUUAAAUUUCCAUCUUGAUAAUAAUUUUAAAGAGACGAAGUUUUUAAAAAUAUUUUAUAGGUAAUAUAGAAGUCUAAACAAGAGACAAAAGUAUAAACCAUAAACUAUAAAGUAACCUCACAUUAAGGAAGUAAUAUAAAUAUAAGUAAAGUUUCAUAAGUGAAUAUUUCAGGGCUAUGAAGCAGAAAAUUUAUGAUAUACAUUCAUUCUAGAUUCUCACAGUUAAAACUGAAACAUUUCACUUAAUGAGACAAAUAUUUUAAAAAUUUUAGGUUAUGUACUGAAAAAAAAUGUUGGUUUGUAACAUGUUAAGACCAUACAUAAUAGUUUUUCUAUCCUAUGUAAUAAUGAUUAUUUUUCACAUCGGUAAUACUAGUUUGGUAAAAAGUGUGUGAUGCAGAGUUUAUAAAAGUGAUGACAGAAAAACUGGUGUUCAUAACUUCGAGAUAAAUAUUUUAGAUUAUUUGACAGAACAUCUUAUUUUAAAAAGGCAAGUGUAGUUGAAUAAUUUCUAAUAAUAUUUUAUUAACAUGGCAAAUAGUUUUCAUAUAUUAUAUUACAUGUGAAAGUACAGAUACAUAUUAAAGUUUGAUAACUGUCGAAUUAUCCAAAAUAAAAUUAAGAAAUUAAUAUAUGAAUUUACUUGUCACACAAAGAAAUUACAAGUUUACUCUGCACAGUAUUUUAUAUUUCUUGUUAUAUUAACAUGAUGGAAUGCAUUAUUUCAAGGUCUAAUUAAAUUCAGAUAUAUCCCAUUUUUUGAUAUCUGCAUGUCAUUGUAGAAAUGCUAUUUGUUCAACCAAGUAAUGUAACAUAUACAAAGUUUUAGCGAUACAAAGCUGCAAUAACAUAAGUUUUGUAUUUUUUGCUUAAAUGAUAUUAGUGCCAAAAAAUUCUCUUUAUAACUUUAAUUAAAAUUACCUAGAACAAUGAUAAUCCUUUGUAAUAAUUUUCAUGCCAUAUCAUAUUGAAGGAUUCUAAAGACUUUAAAUUUGUAUGAGUUAUUAAUAUUUUCAAUGUUUACUUUUGUUGUUGUUUUGAAGUGCAUUGUAUUUUUGUUGCAUGUUCAAGUUUCAUUGAUAAAAGUGUGAUCACAAUUACAUAAAAGAAGAAAAUUAAUAGGAAAGAACUGUUAUGCAUAGGCACGUGCGACGGUUUGCUGUUGUAAUUAUUUGGCAAGCAGAAUACAAGAUCCUGGCUUUAUCAGUAUAUUCUAGAAUUGCAAACUCAUUACAUUUUUUAAAGGAAAAUUCAGUAUUGAUGGUGUUUAUUAUAUAAACUUGAAACUUCUGUCUUCCUUUUUUAUGUUUAUCAAUAAGUGCAUCUAAGCUUCUAAUUGCUGAUCUAAGUUACUUAGGGUAAGUUUUCAUCCUGAAACAUCCUACUCAGUUAUUCAAGUAUUUUAAAGUCAGAAUCAGAUCACUUAUAAUAAUACGCCACAGUGUUAAACAUUAUUGACCGCGCCAAAAUGCAGUGUAUAUGAAAUUACAUAAUAUUGAUAUAGCAGCUUAUUGUGUUUCGCCAGCUUUAUGGUUAUGCAUUAUCUCAUUACAUUUUAAAGUAUUAGUGGUCUAUAAAGACCACCUCAUUAAAAAACUUCACAAGUCUUUUAUGGAAACUGAAGGUUUAUAACCAUGUUCACAAGUGGUAGCCACUGAUCUCUGUCCUGAGUCAGAUGAUUUCAUUUUACAUCCUCACACUUAUAUUUUAACAUUAUAUUUCUGUCUGCACCUACAUUUUAUAAGCAGUCUCUUCUCUUCUGGUUAUCAGAACAAAAUUUUGUAGUAAUUAACCUGGCACAUAUGUAUCACUUUUCUUAAUGACUGUUCAAAUUUUCCUCUGAAUAUGUGAAUUUUAUUUGGUUCCCAAAAUAAACAGUGUUUAUUUAUUGCAAAACUUCAAAAAUGUCAGUGUUGGUAACGGAGAAGCGAUGUGUGUAAUACAAGAAGGAACUAGACUUUUAAAUGUUACUUGGAUGUAUAUUCUCCUACAGAGCUAUAAAAGGUAUACUCAAGAUCAAUAAUGAGGUUUGUUAAGGUUAUGACAAAGUUUGUUCCCAUAUCACAGGACUACAUAACCUCCAAAUCUAUGUCUCUGCUUCUUCAUUCACUGUGCACAGAAAUCAAUUGUAUUUAUGGGCUGCUUAUAUAAUAUUACACAUCCAUUCUGACAGGAAGAAUAAAUGAGUAUUUAGGGCUAUAGCGUAUCACAUAUUUUCAUUUAAAAUUACUGGUGUUUGGUGGAGAAUGACCAAGUAAGGAAAAGUAACUUUUUGGUUAACACAAGGGAAAAGUGAGAUUUUAUUUUUUAUGAACACUGAUUAUGGCCUAUGUGAUCUACAAAUCACCACUGAUGAUAUUCAUUACAGACUAUGGUGUUUUCUCUGCAGUUAGACACAUUAAUAUUUUUUUAUUAAUUUCACUCGCUGUAACAAACAAAUGUGUAUUUAAAUAUAUAUAACAUUUAUAUUAAAUUUAACUCAUUGCAUACAAUGUGAGGUGGUCCAGAGCAAUAAAUAUACAUUUAAAUGUGAUAUGUAACAUGCUGAAAGCUUAGUAUAUAGAAUUGUGUCAGUUUGUGACUAUCUAAAUGAUUCACUGACAAAUUCAGCAGACUGUGAAGGCAAACAGAUUAUGCUUAGUUUAUCAUUACAUUUCUGUUAUAUAUAGCAUUUCUUCUUUGGAAAGGAAUUAAAACACGUGUUUAAUGUUAAAAGGAAGAUUACUGAAUCUGCAUAAUUUUCCAAGAGAUUCAACUGUAAGCCUACGUGUCAGUUUUUAUUACAUACAAAACAAAAAUCUGAAUUUGAUGCCCUUGAACAUGCCUAUGUAGUAGUGUGAUCCUUUGUAAUAUUUGCCAUGACAGAGACGUAAUGUAUUUCAACAUUGAGUAAUAAAGUAGAAUAUUACUUUUUUCAUAGAUACAUUCAA